CAACGUAUGAGUGCAGGUGGAUCUUGCAAAUCAAGGCAAGCUAUGACCCAGGCUCAGCUGAAACCUGAAUCUGCACCUGGAUUAUAUCCUCUAGUACCUUCUGGGCUGGAACCACUUAUAGAGGUUGAUGAAAUUAUACUAAAUAAAAAAGUUUUCCAGACCAGAACUGGAGAAGAUCUUUUCUAUGUGUUCCAUGACCGUGAAUGUUGUGGAUCAUCUGUUCACAUUACACUGAAGAACCAGAAGAGAAGAGAUGUUGUUUUUCUCCAUUUGCUAUCACAAGGAGGAUGCUGUGACACAUUUCUGUCAGAGAUGCGCAUUGAAGCCCCCCGAACGUUUACAAUCGGCUAUGUCAAAGUCUCCAGUUCCAUUAAUAAACUGAUGUUCUCCAUUCAGGAUAUGCACCGGGAAUUUCAGUUUACAGCUGAGCUGUCUUCGAGGUUACUCCAAGAUCAGAGCAUCCAGAUAUUGAGUGCGGUAGGGUCUCAUCCUGUGGUCAAAAUAUCGAGGUAUAAAAAAAACAAUUCACAGCUAACCAGCUUCCAGUUUCCCUGGGACAUGGAUGCCAAGAUGAAGGCUGUAAUUCUGGGAGCUUACCUGUUCAUGAGUUACCACCUUCGCCAGACUUCCCGUGAUCAUUCUUCUGGAUCUGGCUUUGAUGCUGGUGACUGGGCCAGUAGUUGGGGAGAUUGUGGAGGUGGAGACUGUGGCGAUGGUGGUGGUGGAGACUGUGGAGGUGGUGGAGAUGGUGGUGGUGGUGGAGAGUAA